UGUUAGAGUGUAGGUAAAGUAAGAGAGAAGGUGGUGAGGGUUUAUUAGAGCUUUCCUUGUUACAUACGAAAGAACCUCAUCAAUCAAAAACAGAGGCAAAUGUAAACAGCGAAAACCCUUUUCCUUCUUCUCUCUUCCCAUCACCAUUAACGCUUUCUUCUUCACCCAAACCUCGACAAGCUGGACAUGCUGGACUCCGUCCUUCUGGCGUUGUUCUUGCCUUGCCUUGGCAUGACCGCCGUUUUCGUCGUUUACAUGUGUCUUCUAUGGUACGCCACCACUCACCACCCCGAUCCCCACCUACCGGCCAAGCCCGUCUCCGACGCCGGCCUCUCCCCCUCGCAGCUCCAAAAGCUUCCCUCCAUCACCGGAAAAGACCUUCUCAUGGGCUCCGAAUGCGCCGUCUGCCUCGACGACAUCGCCACCGACCAACCCGCUCGACUCGUUCCCGGUUGCAACCACGCCUUCCAUGUGGAAUGCGCUGACACCUGGCUCUCCAAGCACCCUCUCUGCCCUCUCUGCAGAGCCAAACUCGACCCCACGCUUUUCUCUUCCUCGGAAAAUCCUUGCUGAGACAGAGCAACGCGUACUUUCGCAGAAUUACCAAGAACAGAGCCAAAGCCUAAGCCUAAAUCCUGCUGUUUUUUUUCCUUAAUUAGAUUGAAACUCUUCGCCACUGUACAGUUUCUCAUCUCUCCUAUGCAGCGCAAAAUAUUCUGGCAUUGUUGGAUGGUAGAUCCGUUGGCUUUGAUUUUUAAUACGCACCGGAGUGGCAAACCACGCUAAGCCUUUCUUUCUAUCUUCUUCUUCUCUCUUUAAUUAUUACCAGUAAUUUGUUAGUGGUGGUCAUGGUUGAUUUGGGGAUAUUGGUGAAAUGUGUUUGUUUGUUUCUUCUCAGAAGCAUUAUGGAGCUUUUUUGUGAAAAAAAAAUUGAAUUUUGAAUUUUUUAUUGAGUGAGAGAAGAGCAGGCAAUUCACGCAAAGCAUGGGUUCUUACUAGAAGCAAGUGGUUGUUGAUCGAAUCAUGCAAGGGAUGAUGCGUUUUGUUGUUUGGUUGAAUCAUCUUUUCAGUGUUUUCUAGAGACACUGAAAAUUGAGUUAUGCAGAGAUAGAGAAAGAGCACAAAGGGAAAGUUUUUGUUUUUGUUUUUUAAAAUUUCUGACAAGAAGAAGAUGCCAACUGAAAGUGAUUUUAUUUUAUUUAUGUUUCUGGUUUUAAUCCAAA